CCAGGCCAGCACCGGGAACUCACACCGCUCACGCUCGACGUCAUCAGGUGCGUAGCCCCUCCCAUCCCGCACUGAGCGCUGUUACCACAGAGACGAGUCUCACACACGCCGCACAUCUCAUACAGCCGGGGAGUCGGUCAUGUGACCUGGCAUCAACACAGGCGACAGACAGACAGAGACCCCGAUACUAGGGACAGAAACAUCACUACAAUUGGUACAUUUUGUAUUUGUAACAGAAACUGUACAAAGAAGAUACAAAUAUUAUUUAGUAGCGUAAAUGUAAUAUUAUAAGGUCAAGAGUUGGAAGGAAGAUACUCAUUUACAGUGAAGUUUGAUGUCUUUACAACUUGUCCGCGGUGGCAUCCAGAACAGAAGCUGGAUAGGGCUGGCAACUUUUGCCCUGGUGGCAAAUAAAAGUUCCAUUUGUGAUGGCAGCAGCACCCUCUUCUCAACAAGCUUCUCAACAUAAUCAUUAAACAGAAACCUAAUAAUAAAAUGUUCACAUGUAUAAUUUGUGCAUACUCCUUUUAAAACAUUAAUUUGUUAUUGCUGGCUCUCAGCUGCUACAAAAGUUAUUUACUUGAGCCUUAAGAAGUAAAUUAAAAAAAAUGAACCGGUAUACAACAAUGAAGCAACUUGGAGAUGGCACUUAUGGUUGUGUGCUAAUGGGGAAAAGCAAUGAGUCUGGAGAACUAGUAGCUAUCAAAAGGAUGAAAAGAAAGUUUUACUCCUGGGAAGAAUGUAUGAAUUUAAAAGAAGUGAAGUCUUUGAAAAAACUUAAUCAUGCUAAUGUGGUGAAAUUAAAGGAAGUGAUCCGAGAGAAUGACCAGCUCUAUUUUGUGUUUGAAUAUAUGAAAGAAAAUCUUUACCAAUUAAUGAAAGACAGAGAGAAUAAGAUGUUUACUGAGAAUGAAAUUAGGAACAUUAUGUUUCAGGUGCUUUCUGGCUUAGCCUUUGUUCACAAGCAUGGUUUUUUUCAUCGAGAUAUGAAGCCAGAAAACCUUCUAUGUAUGGGACCUGAGCUUGUGAAAAUUGCUGAUUUUGGAUUAGUACGUGAGCUGCGAUCUCAGCCACCUUAUACAGAUUAUGUUUCUACCCGGUGGUACAGAGCUCCAGAAGUGUUGCUAAGAUCAUUGAUGUACAGCUCUCCAAUAGACAUAUGGGCAGUUGGCAGUAUUAUGGCUGAGUUAUAUACACUGAGACCUCUCUUUCCGGGAACAAGCGAGGUUGAUGAAAUCUUUAAAAUUUGUCAGGUUCUAGGUACACCAAAGAAAAGUGAUUGGCCUGAAGGAUAUCAGCUUGCUGCAUCCAUGAAUUUCCGCUUUCCACAAUGUGUACCUAUAAACUUGAAAACUCUUAUACCCAAUGCUAGUGAAGAGGCAUUGACUCUAAUGAUAGACAUGCUACAAUGGGAUCCCAAGAAACGUCCCACAGCCAGUCAGGCUUUAAGGUACCCUUAUUUUCAAGUUGGACAAGCACUAGGACCACCAUCACAACAUAUAGAGCUGAAGAAGCCCUUAAAUAAACCAGUACAAUUCAAUGAUCCACAACCAUUCUCUGUGAUGAAAAAGCUGUCUACCUCUCCACCUGAUGCACCAGAAAAGACAUCAAGUAAUUCACCUAUCCCACCACGAGCACUACAGCAAAUACAGCUACCACAGAACACAGCUGACAACCAGCUGCCAUCCAACCCUCCCCAAGUGAUUCUUCCCAACAUCAACAAAACCAUCUCUCCAAAGCCAGGAGCCAAUGGACCACAGAACAGUGCUGUUAAUCUUAAACAUGGACGACGACGCUGGGGCCAAUCCAUUUUAAAAGAUAGCUGGGAUGAAUUUGACACAGACUUUGGAAUGUCUUUUUCUAAGAAGCCCAGCAUGGCAAUGCUUAAAGAGAACAAAAAUGAAGACUCUAUAUAUGGUUUGACAGAUUCCAUUUCCACUGGAGAAUUAAAUAAAGGUUCGUCAAAUGUGGGUGUAUUGAGAAGAGACUCUGGGCAAAUGAUAUCAGCUAAACAACAUUACCUUAGACAAUCAAGAUACCUUCCAGGUAUGAACCCAAAGAAUGCAGGACUGAUAUCCACUAAUAAAGAAUUAAAUCAUUCCACCUGGAGCAAUGCACUGUCCUCGAAACCGCUUGCUCCAGUCGGUGGUGGAGUUACAUUUAAUAGGAACAAUGCAGGCACUUUAGGAGGAUUUGUAGGACCAGCAUACAAUACACCAGGAGGAUACAUCCCUUCAUUUCACAAGAAGGAGGUUGGAUCGGCGGGACAAAGAAUACAGCUUGCACCAAUUGGGCAUGCAACAACUUUACCCAUCAACAGUGAUACUGUGAAUGGAAAACCAAAAAUUUUGAAACCUAAACCCACUUGCCAAAAGGCAGUAGUUGAAAAUGUUUCAGAUUAUGACACAUGGAAAACAAAACCUAUGCGUUCUCAAGUACCAGCUCCAUCCUACAAACCAGCAUCUAAAAACCUCUCUAUGUUAAACUGCCCACAACCAUUUCAAGCAGUACAUGGAAGGACUGACUGGGUUGCAAAGUAUGGUAGUCAUCGUUAGAAGUAACGUCAAUGGACAUUUUUCUUUUAUUUUUUACAAUGUAGGAAAUAGAAACCUUUUAUUAGUGCUCUAUUUUUCUUCAUUUUCUAGGAUUCCAGAAUUGUGUUAAUAUGGCUAAAAAAAGGUACCAAGAAAAGUCAUGCAAAUAUAGGAAAACAGAAUACUAAACAUUAGACAAUGUAUUAAUAAUGGUUUGAACUACCUGAAUUACUUAUGAUAAUACAAAUAGUGAACAUUUCCAAGGAGCAGCGUCACAAGCAAUAUUUGAAGCUUCAUGGAGCAACUUACAAUCAUUCCACAUUACUGAAUAUCCUCUUUACUGAGAUUUGUAGAAGACCUGGCCACGUCUGGUGUAUAGCUUCAUCAAGAUCUUUUAUAAUAAUUUAGGUUAAUUGUUGUUAAGUAAAAGAUCUUGAUAGCUGAAAUGGUUGUUUACAAGCACUGGAAAGACUCAAGGAAAUUAUGUUUUUAUUGAAGGUAUUACAGUCCUGCUGUGAAAAUAUUAGAAGUUAAGUUUUGUGAAGACGGAAAUCACAUUCUCACAAAAUAGCUUCCUAUUCUUAUUGAUCAUCAUAUGCUGUCCUGGAAAGUGCGCAGGGAGAUGACCUCUGGUACUGGAUGACAGGAUUAUUCGCAAGUAAAAACCACGUACAUUAUAGCUUUGGUUUCAGCAGCCUGUUAUUAUCAUCAAGUCAUAUAAACUGUGAUGGAAAAUGUUUACUAAUAUAGAAAGGAUAUGUUAAGUAUGACCAAUAAAGUCUAAUUUUAUUAUUUACAAA